AUGAAUGUGGAAUAUGCAAGCAUUCAAUUAACUGAUUUACCUGAUGAAAUUCUUAUGAUUAUCUUUAAAAAACUCGAUGGUGUUGAAAUACUCUACUCUUUAUUAGGUGUUAAUAAACAAUUAAAUAAAAUUGUACAUGAUCGAAUUUUUACUAGAGUAUUAACGUUAUUAAAGUGUUACUCGGAUGAUCGUAUCGAUUCAGUAUCUUAUCGAAUGCUUAACAGAUUUUGUUCAGAAAUUUUACCUCAAAUUCAUAAUAAAAUUCAAUGGCUUAAUCUUGACAUAUCAUAUAUGAGAUGUAUUCUUCGUUCUACAUAUUAUCCAAAUUUAAUUGGGCUUGAGGAAACUUUAAUUCUUAGAUAUAAAAAUCAGAUCUCAUCACUUAUUAUCGGUUUUGGUGCAAGUCCUAUAGUCGAUACAACAGAAAAAAUUAGACUUCUAUUUAAACGUAUGUGCGAUACAUUCACCAAUUUACAAUAUUUAAACUUCGGUCCAUAUUUAUUAAAUUGCUCUCAACAAUUAUCAUAUGCUCUUUGUCCUCCAACUGUUUUCUCUUCAACUCUGUUAGAAUUACAUGUCAAUUUACAGGAUUAUAUUGAUUGUAUUUAUUUACUUGAUAGACGUUUUAAUCAACUUCAUACACUUUAUGUUUAUCUUAGAUUCAUUUUUACGCGUCGAAAAAUAAAUAAUAAAGAAAAACUACCUAAACUAAGAUGCUUUUCAAAAACAUUUAUUGAUGGUGAUGAUUUGAAGACAAAUAUUAUUGAUUAUCUGUUACAAUUAAACACAUUUACAUUUAAUAUACGAUCAAUCAAUUAUGAUCUUAACCAAACUAGUUUACCAUCAAAUGAAGAUAUUCAACAAACAUUCAAAGAUUUUAAAUAUAAUCAAGUUAUUUCUUGUGUUGAUUAUUUUGAAAAAUGGAAAUAUAGUCAAUGUCUUAUUUUUUCAUAUCCAUAUAAAUGGAAAUAUUACAAUGAUAUAACAAAUACAUUUCCAGGUGGUUUAUUCAAAUGUGUUCAGACUGUGUCGUUAUUGGAUGAUCGUCCUUUUGAACAUGAAUUUUUUUUUCAAAUUGCUCAAUCAUUUCCAUUAUUGAAAAAGUUAAAAGUAAGUAAUCGUCAAGCGCAAAAGAAUAAACAAUGUAACAAAUCAACCAAUGUAAACAAAAAUUUAUCGAUUACUGAAUAUCAUCAUCUUACUCAACUUGGCCUGGAGGAGGCUCAUGAAGAUUAUUUUGAAGAAUUUUUACUUGAUACAAAAACCCAUUUAUCAAAUAGGGUUUAUCUUAUUGGUGAUUAUCGACUACUAGAAAAAGUGACACAUAAUUUUGAAAGACAUUCAACACGAAUUAAUUGUUCAAAAUUAAUAUAUUUCUUUGAUUAA